AAAUUCUAAUUGUUCUCCAACAUUGGUAAUUCUAAGAUUUUAUUUGAAUUUCGCAGAAAUGUUCGAAAGUGAAUAGAGCAUUUAUAACCAUAGAAAGCCGUGACGUUGCACAAUACUUUUCACUAUACCGGAUUUGAUUCUACAUGAUAUUGAUAGCCUACAAGACUUCUCAUUCGAAUAUCUAUUUUUUCAUCACAGUGUCUAGGAUAAAGAAGAAGAAUUCCACAGUACAUACCAUAAUGUCUAUGGAUGAUAGCUAUACUCAUUUAUUUAACCGUCACUUCUCCAAAAAUAUGCCUGAAAAAGAAAUGGAAGAAUACCUGAGCCCUGCCACACGACUUUUGGAGAAGCGACAUGAAAUGUCAGAGAUGGAACAUGCCCUAGCUGCCCAGAAAGAGGAGUUCCAGAUGAAGAUGGAAAGUUUACAACAAAGAAGAGAGGAACUGGAGAGAAAAGAAUUUCAACUAAAAGAAUCAUUGCUCAAAUUUGACAAAUUCUUAAAGGAGAAUGACUCUAAGAGGGCUAGGGCUGUCAAGAAGGCAAAUGAUGAGAGGGACCUCAAACGAGUAAAAGAUAAAGAGAUUGGCAGCCUUUCUGAAGAAACAAGGAUCGUUACUGGCCAAAAACAAAAGCUAGAUGACAGACUAGAAAAGCAUGCUAUGUUUCAUAAAUACUUAGAGAGGGUUUUAGCAUCAGCGGAGGAAUUUCGAGAAAUUCGGGAAGUUAUAGCCAGAUAUGAUACACUAGUUGCAACACAUAAGGACCUCAUAGAAAAAGAUCACGAAAACCAGGACUUAAUAGAAGACCAAAAACAGAAGUUUUCACGCUUUAUUGAGAAAAAACGCUAUGAGAUUCUAGGCUUCAAUAACAAACUGUCGGGUCUACAAACACGAUUAGACAAAGCACAAAUUGAGUCAGAGAAAUGGGAAUCGUUGUUUACACAUAUCAAAAAUACAGCUGCCAAGAAAACUAUACUCCUGGGCAGAAUAAAAAUGGCAACGCAUAAUUUAUACCAACUUGUGAAUAAGCAACAGAAAGGUCCAAGUGCACAAUCUGAAGAUACUGCAGAACAAUUACAAAAAAUCCAGAUAUUCAUCCAAGAUCUCUCACAAAUUACCUCAGAUAUCAAGAAAUCAGAACAUGUGGGGACAUCAGAAGCUGGUUGUACAUCUAGUGGAUAGAGGGCGCUAUAGCAUAGACAUUCACUCAACUGACAUCUAUCUUUCAACACAAAAUCCAUUUAAUAUUUCCAUUUAAUCUGGCAUUUAUGUAGUUGAAUAUAGAAUUGGAUUUACAAAACCAAGUCAAUGUCGGCUAGUUAUGAUGCCAUAGGUUGUAGACAGCAAUGUGGCAAGUUUUUCCGGCUAUUGAUGAGAUUUAUUUUUGUAGUAAAACAUGGUAUAGUAGGGAGUUUAGCUAGCAUAUAAAAUCGAAACGCCAACCUAUACGUUUGACCAAUCGCCCCUAAAAAUGC